UUAUAUCGAUGGUGAAACUGUUGGAAGAUUUUUCUUUCUUUAGAAUUUCAAUUGAUCUUGAAUUGAUUAUUUUCUGAUUUUUUAUUCUGAUUUUUUGGUGAAUUGUUUUUUUCCACUUUGAUAUCGAUAACUUAGAUUCGCAAUUAAUAACCGUGAUUUUUAGAUUAAACAUUUUUUGUUUUAAAUUGUUUCUACCGUUUGCCUCUUCCAAUUUAAGGAUUCAUAAUGUACAAGAGAAAACCUUCAAAUGUUUGGAAUUAUUUUUCUACCAUUGGAGAUAAAGCUCAAUGUAGACUUUGUGGAAAACAAAUUAAAAAGUGUGGGAACACUUCUAAUUUUUUGGCUCAUUUGAGAAAUAUACAUAAUCUUUUACCUCAUCAACUUUCCACCACCUCUGACCAAGCAAUUCCAGCAUCGGAAAAUUCGCAUGCAACAUUGAUUUUACAACUUGAAGGUCCAGAGGCAAUAAGUGAACAAUCAAUCAGCAGUAAAAGAGUUAAGACUGAAGAUGACAAAUCUAAGUUGAUUACUAAUCUGGUGGCUAGUUGGUUUGCCAAGGAUAUGCUUCCUGAGGAAAUCGCAAUGGGUGAUGGAUUCAAAAAGUUUUUAAAUGAAGUUGCACCUCAUUUACCUUUUCCACCCCAAGCGGGUGUUGUUGAGAAAUUACACACAAAAUAUCAAAGCAGUUUAAUUUAUAUUGCUGAUAAAUUGUCGAAAGUUGAUGAAUUUGCCCUAACAUUUGACAUUUGGAAUAAUAAUUUAACUCAACACAGUCAUCUUACUUUGACUUCGCAUUUUAUUGAUGGUACAUCUCAUGGAUCCAUUGUUAUUGGUAAUCGUGAACUGCCCAGUACAACAAUCUCUACAGAUGAGCUUCGCUCUGCAGUAAUGGACAUUCUUAAUAAAUGGGCGAUCAAUCCAGAGAAAAUAACUUGUGCUAUUACCCAUGACAUUACUGGCUUAAUGGGAUCUUUACAGGAACUUUUGGACGCAUCUAAGUAUCAGAAAUGUUUCGCUCACACACUUGAUUCAAUGCUUAGAGAAUCGAUUGGUUCACAAUCUGAACUAUUGAUGUUGAUAAGAAAAAUCAGGGAGAACUUACAUUUUUGUGACGAAAUUACUGCAGCUCAAGAAUCAAUCAUGAGAGAUAAAGUUGUCGUAUUAAAAGUUUCCCCUCUUGAUGAUAAAUCAACUGACGAAAGCGAUUGGACUUGCCUUUAUGCAACAUUGGAACGUUAUGUUAGCCAAAGCACUGAAAUAUCAAACGUUCUAAUGGGCUUCGAUGGACCAGUUAUCAGUGAAGCGGAUGGUAAAAUAGCCGAAGAAACUUUAUCUCUUUUAAAACCUUUCCAUCAAAUAGCUGAUGAGAUGAGCAGUGAAAAAUGGACACCGAUAAGUAAAAUUAUCCCGAUCGUUGGAGUUUUGGUUAAAGCAAUUAACCUUAUAUUACCUGAGACCAAUUGUGCAAAGGAAUUUAAAAACACUCUUCUUAAAAAUAUCAGAUCAAAUUUUAAAGACAUCGAAGCUGAUCCAAUUGCAUCAAUAGCCACAUUGUUGGAUCCAAGGUUCAAAAAUUUGGAUUUCACUAGUGAAGCACAAUCGGUGAAAGCAGUUAACAAACUUAACUCGAUGCUAACCUCAGAAGAUGGUACCAUAGAAGAUCAAGUCGGUCAAGGAGACCAAAAAGACGAUGAUAUCUGGUGUUUACGAAGAGUAAGUCGAGCAGCGAGAUGCAAUGAACAAACCGACUCAAACAAAAUAGCAGCCGAAUUAAGAAAUUAUCUCGACCACAGGACUUUUAACAUUACUUCCGAUCCAAUUGAAAUUUGGGAUAAUCAUAAAACUCUGUUUCCAUCGAUUCAUAAAUUAGCCAAGAAAUAUCUUAGCAUUCCCGCUUCAGCUAUUCCAGCAGAGAGGCUUUUCACUGGCGUGGGUUCGUUGGUAACCAGAAAACGAUGUCUUAUCGAUUCCAGUCAAAUGGAAAAUCUCCUAAUGUUGGAAAGCUUACCUGCCGAUGUCGUUUUCUCGCUUUAAAUUUGAGCAUUUUCUCCUCCUCUUCAUUGUCAUCAUCAUCAUAAUCAUCACCGAAAAAACAAAAGCAUAAGUAAAUAUCUCACCAUCUCUUAUCAAUCAAAUUUAAAAGAGAUAAAUAAUUUAACUAGACUAUUUUUUGCUCGACUUUUGAAUCCGAUUCUCCGAAAUGAUAUUGAUUCAAUCCAUGUUAUCCAAGUGAUCAAAUUCCUCUGAUUGAGCUGCCAGCAAUUAACCAAACACGGAUGAUCUCAAUUAAUUGAACCAUCUCCUCAUCAAGUUUUUUGUUUCUCCUACGAUAAAUUAAUCAUUCACAUGAUUAAUUAUAAUAAUAAUGAUUACAUUGGCAGAUUAAAUUAAUAUCAAAAUACAA